GAACGGAAGAACUGAAAUGGGAUUCACGAGAUUUCCUGAUGAAGCGUCACACCAUCCAUCUCUACCAACAGAUUAUCGUGGAAAUCGGCCAUCUUUCAUCUACAUUUAUCAUUUAACCCCGCAUUUCAUCAGCCCUUGUUUUACUUCAUUCCAAUUUCAAAUUACACCAAUCAACUUCCACAAUCCAAUUUACAAGUUGCUAGAAGAUGGCAGACGGUGAAGAUAUCCAGCCUCUUGUCUGCGACAAUGGAACUGGAAUGGUUAAGGCUGGAUUCGCUGGAGAUGAUGCCCCAAGAGCAGUUUUCCCUAGCAUUGUUGGUCGUCCACGUCACACAGGAGUGAUGGUUGGCAUGGGUCAAAAGGAUGCUUACGUAGGAGACGAAGCUCAAUCAAAAAGAGGUAUUCUUACUUUGAAAUACCCAAUCGAGCAUGGUAUUGUCAAUAACUGGGAUGACAUGGAAAAGAUCUGGCAUCACACUUUCUACAAUGAACUCCGUGUCGCUCCCGAAGAACACCCCGUUCUCCUUACAGAAGCUCCUCUUAAUCCAAAAGCCAAUCGUGAAAAGAUGACACAAAUCAUGUUCGAAACCUUCAAUUCCCCUGCUAUGUAUGUCGCAAUUCAAGCUGUUCUCUCAUUGUAUGCUAGUGGUCGUACAACUGGUAUUGUGUUGGACUCCGGUGAUGGUGUGAGUCAUACUGUCCCGAUCUACGAAGGUUACGCACUCCCACACGCCAUCCUCCGUUUGGAUCUCGCCGGACGUGACCUCACCGACGCCCUGAUGAAAAUUCUGACUGAAAGAGGUUACUCGUUCACCACGUCUGCUGAACGAGAAAUUGUGAGAGACAUGAAAGAGAAAUUGGCAUAUAUCGCGCUUGAUUUUGAACAGGAACUGGAGACUUCCAAAACUAGCUCUUCAGUUGAAAAGAGCUUCGAGCUGCCCGACGGGCAGGUGAUCACUAUUGGGGCAGAGCGGUUCAGGUGCCCGGAAGUCCUUUUCCAGCCAUCGAUGAUCGGGAUGGAAGCUGCGGGUAUUCAUGAGACGACUUAUAACUCUAUAAUGAAGUGUGACGUGGAUAUUAGGAAGGAUUUGUAUGGAAACAUCGUACUUAGUGGUGGUACUACUAUGUUCCCGGGCAUUGCUGACCGAAUGAGUAAGGAAAUUACUGCCCUUGCCCCUAGCAGCAUGAAGAUUAAGGUCGUAGCUCCACCCGAAAGGAAAUACAGUGUCUGGAUCGGAGGCUCCAUUUUGGCAUCUCUCAGCACCUUCCAGCAGAUGUGGAUUGCGAAGGCUGAGUACGAUGAAUCUGGACCCUCUAUUGUCCACAGGAAAUGUUUCUAA